UCCCGGUAGUCGAGACUUUCUGGGAGAUACUGUGACUCAACAUCUCCCUAUCUUUCUUGCGGUCAUUUAUGAGGUGGUGGUGGGACACUACCAAUACCUUCCAUUUUCCUUGGGGCGAGAUGACGAUUACUCCCGAGGACUACACCGCUUUGACGGGCUUGACCUUUACGGGGAUUCCCGUUCGACUGAGGUCUGGUGGCCCGCUGCCGACUGUUGUUGAGGGUACCAGGCUCAUGGGCUCGUGGCUGGGUCAGAGAUUGCCUUCGUACCAGGCCCGUGGGAUACCCUAUGCUGAUUUAAUGUGGGGCCUGGGGCAUGGGGUGGAGGAGUCGCCUUUGAGACAGGCCCGGUUGUUUUACCUCCACUUCAUCACUUCCACUUUUCUGUCUAGUCCUACUGACACCUUUAACCCGAGGGGGAUAGACCUGGUGGAGCACGUGUCUUCGCUAGGCGCGUACCGCUGGGGCGACUUGGGCUAUGCGACGCUCGUAGGCCAGAUGAGCUUGGCGGUGCGAGACUCGGAUCCCCGUAGACAUCAUUUCGUCAUUGCCUUGGCGGGGGUGCCGCGCUUGAUUAAGACGGAGACAGGGCGAGCCGGGGCCGACGACGCGGGGCCGUCGGGGUUUGGGGGACGCGGCCCCGAGGAGAGGGAACAGGAACGAAUGCUAUUAUUAGGGUGUUACAAAAUGUCCUCUCAAUACCGUUCCUCAAGGAGGAAUUUGUACAAUUGUAAACUUCAUAAUAACUCGUUGGAGGUUGUGUUGAACGACGAAAAUCAAGAACAUGAUAUUGUUCACCUUUGA